GACACGUGGCCCAAUCCCCCUCUGUUUCUUCGCGCCUUUUCUUCUUCCUCACAGCUGAGUAUUUGUUUUGUUUUUUCUGGGUUUCCCCACACAACUCCUUCCAAUCUUUCUCUUGGGGAGUUAAACAGCCGAAAGCUUCUGCUAUAAAUCAUAAAAGAAGAAAGAAGCUUCUUUCACAUUUUCUUUUUAUGACGGGAGUUUCUCUUACAUUUUCAAACGCCAUGAAUUUUGCUUCUGAAACUGGUAGUGUGAUUCUUGAGGCUGGUGCUACUGGAGAUCUUGCAAAACUUAAGGAGAUCAAGAAGAAGGUUGAUGAUGUCGAUUUCAGGAGGAUAUGUGAUGUAAUCAAUGACUUGUGCACUGGCCGGAGAGUCUUGCAUCACGCGGCUGAAAUGGGGCAUUUUCAAGUUUGCAAAUUCUUGAUUGAGAACGCCGGAGUCUAUAUUGAUGUCUUGACUGACAAAGGUUCUCUCUCUGUCUCUGUCUCUCUCUCUCUCGUUCUGUUUAUGUUGAGUUGA